AUGGCAUCGUCGCUCACCAAGACAACAAAUGUAACAGAUUUCAAUCUACCAAUUGAAAAAAUAAAAGAUUAUACAAAAAUUGAUUUGGAAAUAUUUUCAAAAAGUCCAGCAUGGUCUGAUGAAUAUUUAUCAGAAUUAAAUCUUCCACGUCGACCAUUUGACUUUCAAAUUGAACUUGUUCAAUCAGUUAUUCAAAGUGGAAAUUCCAUAAUUAGUUUACGAACAGGUGCAGGAAAAACAUAUAUAGCUGCUCUUUUAAUAAAAUAUUAUUAUAUGAAAAAACGAAAAGAAAAUCAAAAUGAAUUUUUAUCAUUUUUUUUUAUUCCUCAUCGUUCAAUUCGAGAUCAACAAGUUAAAGCUAUACGUGAUGUAGGUGAUCUUCGUGUUAUUGCUUGUGAUGAUGAUUCAUAUGUUUAUGAAUUUAUUCAUUUUAAUCAUGUUAUUGUUUGUACACCACAAAAAUUUUUAAAUUCUUUAAUUGAAAAAACAAUUCAUUUGAACCAUAUUGAUUUAAUUAUAUUUGAUGAAUGUCAUAAUUGUAUUGGAAAUCAUCCUUAUUCAAAAAUAAUGGAACAAUAUUUUAUUUAUCAUCAGUCAGGAUAUAAACCAAAAAUAAUUGGUCUUACUGCUUCAUGUGGAACGAAAUUAACAAAUCCAGCAGCAAUAAUUGAAGAAUUAAGAGAUGAAAAGAAGAGAAAAUAUAAUGCUCUUCAUAAAUUAUAUGAAUUAUCUGCAACACUUAAUUGUAAUGAUGUUGUUAGUGUUAAUAGAGCAGAAAAUUUAGAUGAAUUAAAUAAAAAAAUUCCUAAACCAACAGAGGACAAAAUUCUUGACUUUUUUUCAGAACCAUUCGGUCAAUAUCGAAAACAAUUAGAAGAAAAAUUUAGAGAUAUAUUAUAA